AUGGAGCGAGCGAUUUCGCUGGUAGGUCGUUCGAGCUCUCGCACCUCGGAGCAUCUCAGGGAUGAACCUCUGUUGCCCUCCUCAGAGAAGCCCGCCUUACGUCGCCCGCCAAUCAGUUCCUUCUUAGGUUAUUGCCUCUACCGGCGAGUCGUCAUCUGGACAAUUUUGAGCUUGGCUCUCGUCUCCAUUGCUCUCCUCCAUGCCUCCGAUGUGCCCGUCCCGGACGUUGUGGAAUACGGCAAAUCCAAGUUCUCUCCAGGCCGGCCCGAGGCCGGCGGAACUACUGUAGUGGUGACGUCCGAGGGCGAUGAGGCUCAUGGCGACGGCCAGGAUGAUGGAAACGACGGGGUUAGACCCGAUCACCAAAACGGGGACGAGGAGGAAUUGACCGACGACGAGAAGGACCAAAGGGAAUUCGAACAGGCUGUAAAAAAUAUGCCAUGGCUCCUUUUCAAGCACCUCGAUGGAUAUUAUCACGGGCUCAAAGCACUGGUUCGCAAGCCGAACCACAUUCCCGAAUAUCCAAAUAAGACGGCUUACGCGCCAUUUCCGAACCCGCCCAUCAGUGCCCACGAACGCAUGCCGCGGCCGUACGAUCCAUAUCACGACAUAAACCGCGCCAAAACUUGCUAUCUCGAUGAGGAGAACCGCAUUUCUCCACCUGAUAUAUAUGCCUACGACGGCUUGCCGCAGCACAUGCCAGACCCUGCCCUCGGAUCGUAUGAUCUUUUCGGAAUCAGGGAUGAUGUUUGCUUUGACCGUUUUGGUCGUUACGGUCCAUACGGCCUCGGCUACGACAAGUUACAGGGAGGAACUGGUGUGGGCACCGAGACGGAGAGUAGCGGAAGCGACGCGAUUUGGGCGGAAACCGGGCAGAUCAACUACAACCAAGUCGACUGGGGCAAGGCGCAAAAGACAUGUUCCGAGGCAAACCGCCACAGACUGCUUGAGGUUGACGAGCAGACAGAGGAACUCCCUUGGUCACAGGAAGACCGCGCCGGCAAGAAGGGUCGCAUUGCCGUGGUUGUCCGCUGCUACCAGGGCUUCAAGUGGACUGAGGCGGUAAUACUCAAUUUCCGUGCCAUGGUGACUGAGCUUUCUCUCAAGUCAGGAGGAGAGUAUACAGUUCACCUCUUGCUCCACGUUCGCGACGAAAACCUGCCUGUCUGGGCCGAUGAUGUCACCGCACAGCGACUCCUGGACAGCGAGAUACCUGCAGAGUUUCACAGCAUGGUGACAUUUUGGAGCGAAAUGCAGAUGAAGCUCUUCUACCCAGGAAACUUCGACGACGCCAUUGACAAUCCGAGCAAUACUGGGGUACAUGGAGUGUAUCGGAGUGCGCACCUGCCCCUGCAAGUCUUUGCAAUGAAGAACCCCGAAUACGAAUACUUUUGGAACUGGGAGAUGGACAUGCGUGUGAUGGGAAACUACUACGAGAUUCUGGACAGGAUCGGCCGUUGGGCUGAUGACCAGCCGCGAGAGCUUUUGUGGGAGCGCAAUGAGCGCUACUACAUUCCCGAGUUCCACGGGUCGUGGGAUAGCUUCACACAACAGGUGCGCCUAGACUCCCAGAGUUCCGGAAGGGAGCCAAUCCUUGGCCCAGUCAUGUUCGAUGGACGUCAGCCCCUCAGACAGGAACAAUGGGGUGCCCCGAUGCUUCCCGACUCAUGUUCCGGUGGCUAUGACGGGGAGCAGUGCGGCGUGGGCGAGGGCGCAGAUCUCGUUACGUUGAACCCAAUAUUCGAUAUCGACGGGUCUGGGUGGGUAUUUGCAAACGAUGUGACGGGCUAUGGCCAACCUGACUCGUCACCUGUACCGCGGAGGUGCAGCAUCGUGACGGCCGCCCGCCUCAGCCGGAGGCUGCUGCUGUCGAUGCAUGAGGAAGUUUGGCGUUACCGCCACACCAUGUUUUCCGAGAUGUUUCCUGCUACUGUAGCGCUGCAUCACGGCCUCAAGGCCGUGUACGCCCCGCACCCGGUUUAUCUGGACCGUGCAUGGCAACCUCUUGGAUCGUCCAUCGCGGCAGCUUUCAAUGGUGGCGAGAACAAUUCGACGUCCGGGAGGCAUUCCCCCUUCGAUCUGGGGAACGAGCAUAUUCACAAGGGCGCAAGCUGGUACUAUCACAGCGAGUUCCCUGGCCUCUUGUGGAGACGAUGGCUGGGCUACGCUCAACCGGAUGGCCGCGGCCAGUAUGGCGGCAGGGGAGGGGAGGGCACAACUCGAGGAGGCAAUGAGGAGGAAAGCCUUGAGAGCAGUAGUGGACGGCUCUGCUUGCGCAGCAUGCUUCUUCACCCCAUCAAGCACGAGUUGCCGACGGACUGA